UUAUGCUUGUGUAUUAGUAAUACGCAAAUCUAAUGCAUGCAUUAUUUUUUCUAAUUCAUCCCCUACCAAACGAGCCCCAACAGUAGUUGACAAACAUUUGCAGGAAGAAGACAUGAAAGAGACAAGGAGAAGUCCUAUUGUUGAAAAGAAGAAAACACCUCCCAUAGCAGUAUCAAAAAGUUUUAAAUCCAAAGGUUCUAUGGUUCGCAAUUCAUGUAGAGUAGCAGGAAACUUCAUAAUAAUGACUGAGCUUCGGAACAAGAUCCUCACCUUGAGAGACUUGCUUGACUUGUCCCCUUGUAUUGGCUCUGCAUCUGUAAAUGAGCUGCUGAUUUUGACGCUGAAAGAUCUGCAACAACUGUAUCCUACAAUCAAUCCAUCUAUUUCUUUGUCAAAAAUUGAUGAAGCACCGAUGCAGCAGGCACUGCAAUUCUUUUUUGAUACUCUGAUAUCAAUAGGGGAAAUGUGGACAGGCAAUGAUGAGUGGAUGGUCAAAUGCAAGGAGGAUUCAUUCAGUAAACAAGACAAUUUGGAACACUAUGGAGUGUUAUUGCUCGAUGACAUGAUUCAGCUAGCCAGUGAAAGGAUGUUUGAUAUGAUGGAUGAGGAUGAGGACGAGGACGAGGACGAGGAUGAGGAUGACCAGAUAAGAUAUGAACGUCCGUCAUUCAACACGUUUGGGAGGGUUCUUUCUGAAUCUUACUCUAGUGCCAAAUCCUCCCUCUCGAGUACUCCAGUGACCCCAACUUCAGUUCUCCCUGAGUUAAGGAGCAAGAAGAAUACAAAGGCAUCAUACUCUCCACCACGUCUUCUGCCACUCAGGGUUCAAGCAGUUGGCAAGCUAAAUCCUAUUGAUGUAAAGCGCCUCUCUUUCCAUAUGUUCCCUAAUGUAGCAGCUCAAGAUUCAAAUUUUGUGGUUCAAUUAACAAAAACAGUUAAUGAACAAAAGUCAGAUGUAGAGGCGAAGAAAGAUUCUCAAGUGAAAGGCAAAGAUGAUAAGGAAUUUGGGCAAGAUUGUGAAAUGACAGACUUGCCAGAUAUUCUACUGACUAGUAUGGAUGCUGAAUCAGAAAAUAAAGGAACAUGUAAAACUGAUGCCAAAAAUAAUCUACCAGUGUCAGGACAUGUUACCUUGGAUGUGCUUUUACCUCCUUCACUUCCAGAACAAGGAGCAGGGACACAAUCACCGCUCACUUUAUCGUUGAAUGUCAUAGACUCACAAAAACCAACAUCUACUCUGCAAAUUUCUUUACUCACACCAGAUGGAGACUUAUUAUCGAACCAACCAUCGACUUUUGCACCAGCAGCACCACAACCACCACCUCCACCAGUACCCAAUUCAUCAGGGAAUGCAGAAGGGUCAAGGCCUGCACCAUUAUUAGCAAAACCAAGUGGUGCUCCAUUGCCUCCUCCUCCUCCACCAUCUCCCAUGACAUCAGCCAAUGUAGCAACACCACAACAUCCUAUGAAGUCAAUAUCUGCACCCCCACCACCACCACCACCACCUCCUCCCAUGACAAGAAACGAAAUAACAUCUCCACCUCCACCUCCACCACCUCCCAUGACAUCAGGAGUGACACCUCCCCCGCCCCCACCACCUCCCAUGAAAUCAGUAAAAGGAGUGGCACCUCCCCCACCCCCACCACCUCCCAUGACAUCAGGAAAAGGAGUGGCACCUCCGCCACCCCCAACACCUCCCAUGACAUCGGGACAUGUAAUAUCAGUUCCGCCUCCACCCCCACCUCCCAUGGGAUCAAAGGUUACUACCCCUCCACCCCCUCCUCCCAUGGGAUCAAAGGCUAUGACACCUGCACCCCCACCUCCACCAAUGACUUCAAAUGGAAGAAUGCCAGAACCACCUCCACCCAUGCCAAUGGGAAAAGGAGCUGCACCUCCUCCACCACCAGGGUUUGCAGGUGCCAGGAGCCUAGGACCUAGGAAAGCAGCCACUAAAUUGAAGAGAUCAUCUCAAAUGGGAAAUCUUUAUCGACUUCUCAAGGGAAAAGUUGAAGGAUCUAGUUUUGAUGGUAAAUCAAAGGGGAGAAAGGGAAAAGCUAGUGCUAGUGCACCAGCAGGAGGUAAGCAAGGAAUGGCUGAUGCAUUAGCAGAGAUGACAAAAAGGUCGGCAUACCACCAACAAAUCGAGGAGGAUGCUAAAGUACAUGCAAAAACAAUUAAGGAGAUGAAAACAGCGAUUGCCUCUUUCCAAACAUCAGAUAUGUCUGAGCUUAUUAAGUUCCACAAAACUGUAGAAUCCAACCUAGAAAAACUAACGGAUGAAUCUCAGGUGCUAGCAAGGUUUGAAGAAUUUCCUAUCAAGAAGUUGGAAGCAUUGAGGAUGGCUGCAGCACUUCACACCAAGUUAGAUUCAAUUGCCAAAACUCUACAGAAUUGGCCACUAGUACCACCUGUUGGACAACUUCUUGACAAAGCUGAGAGUUACUUCAACAAGAUCAAAGGAGAAAUGGACACAUUGGAACGGACAAAAGAUGACGAAUCCAAGAAAUUUACAAGCCAUAAAAUCCACUUUGAUUUUGGCAUUCUUGUGCGUAUCAAAGAAUUGAUGGUGGAUGUUUCCUCCAACUGUAUGGAACUGACUUUGAAGGAGAGGAGAGAAGCAAAGCAAACGGAAAAUGAAGGAGCUGGACCGAAAAAUGAUAGUCACAAAAAGGGAUCAGCAAAACUUCUAUGGAAGGCUUUCCAAUUUGCAUUCAGAGUCUAUACUUUUGCUGGUGGGCAAGAUGAUCGUGCUGACAUGUUGACAAGGGAAUUGGCUCAAGAAAUUGAGACAGAUCCUAAUCCAGAGACAUAAAGUUUAUAGUCAUUUUUUCCACAAAAAAAAAGAAAAAGAAAAAAAGAAAAAAAGAUCACUAUAGGUGUCAAUAUAUAUCGGCAUUAAUGCACAUAGACGCUUUUAAGAGGUUUGAGCAAUUAGAAUAAUGAUGCUUUCCCUGGCAGGUGUUCUAUAGAUGUUUCUUGAGCUGUGAUUUCAUGCAUAUUACUAGGAGCGAAAUGCUAGACAUUAUAUUCUUUUUUGUCUGGGGGACAGAGAGAAGUGAGCUAAACUCUAGUUUUGCUCUAUCACCUGCAAUACAUACAAUAUUUAUUACACCUUUGUGACUGGUUUUGUAGAAUGUACAUAACUUUGUCAUUACUUUCAGAAUUUAAAAGUAUACGCGUGAAUGCUUA